AGGGAUUUAGCCAUUUAGUUAGGAUGGUUUUAUUGGUGGUCUGUCGAUUCAAAUUUGUUGUCGGGUGACCGAACUUAACCAAGCUGACCGACCCAUCUUAUUUCCCUGGGCUCUCAUAUGAUCUAUUCCCAGUUGAAAUGGGCUUCAGUUAACCACCAACACAUUCGUCCAUUUGGGCUUUUCUCUCCCAACAAAAUCAACGUUUCCGAUCAGGUUUCCGACCACCUUUAUUCUUCAUUUCUUCUCACCAAAGCAAAAAUAAUAAUAAUAAAAGCAGAAAAACGCAUAAAGCAAAUCCAACUCCCCCACACUGGUUUUGUAAUUUGCAGAACAAUCUAGAAUACUAGUCGUCGAAGCAAUGUCAGCGCUUGCAACAAGGCGACGGCAUCAGUCGGAAUCCGAUCGAUUGCUACCGUCAACGUCAACUGACGGUUACACAAAGGUAGAUAAGCCGCCGGAGAAACCAGAGCCUGAGGCGGAGAAAGGCUUAUCAUGGACACUUCCUAUAUUUGCCCUAGGGUUAUUGAGGUAUAUGAGUGCAACUACUAAUAUUAUUCAUGACUGUGAUGAAGUGUUUAACUACUGGGAGCCUCUUCACUUCAUACUAUACAAAUCAGGCUUUCAAACUUGGGAGUACAGUUCCCAGUUUGCAUUACGUUCGUACCUGUAUCUUCUUUUCCAUUAUAUAGUGGGCUGGCCAGCAUCAAUAUUUUAUCAUUGGCUUGAAGAUGAAAAGGUAAGAGUAUUUUAUGCUGUGAGGAUAUUUCUCGGCCUUAUCUCCGUCAUAACCGAAGCUGCUUUGGUAGUAGCAAUUUCCAGAAAGUACGGAAAACGCCUCGCUUGUUACACACUCGCCCUGUUGUGCUUAACAAGUGGUUGCUUUUUCGCUAGCACAAGUUUUUUACCCAGCUCGUUUUCGAUGUAUGCUAUUUCUCUCUCCUCCGCACUGUUUCUUUUCGGCAUGCAUGCCUCAGCUGUUGCCGUUGCGGCAACCGGUGUUAUUCUUGGUUGGCCGUUCUCAAUCCUUGCGUUUCUUCCGGUAACCGUUUCCUCUCUAAUUAGAAGGUUCAAACAAGCAUUUCUUUCAGGAGCACUCAUUUCGAUUACCCUUUUGACACUUUCGGUACUUGUAGACUACCAUUACUACGGGAAAUGGACGUCAUCUGUUAUGAAUUUGUUAGUGUAUAAUGUGGUAGGAGGUGGUGAGAGUCAUUUGUAUGGAACCGAAGGACCGUUAUACUACUUGAAGAACGGAUUUAAUAACUUCAACUUCGCACUUGUUCUUGCACUGCUUUUUGUGGCUACUCUACCGGUUACAAAGAAGAAGUAUGCUCCUGACUUGUUAAUUGUGGUGUCCCCUGUUUAUAUCUGGUUGGUGUUCAUGUCGUUGCAGCCACACAAAGAAGAAAGGUUCCUUUAUCCUAUCUACCCUCUUAUAUGCGUUGCUGCUGCAUCUGUCAUCGAGAGCAUUCCUGAUUUCUUUUACGAGCGUUAUAGAACCGAACAAACUCUGCUUUACAAGAUGGCUAAAUACGUGAGACCGUUUCUUAUCGGCCUCGUUCUAUGCGUUUCUCACUCUAGAACUUUCUCUAUCAUAAACGGUUAUGCUGCUCCUUUAGAGAUUUAUAAGCACUUCGAACAUCACGAUGAUGCUGGAACUGGUGCGGUGGUGUGUGUGGGAAGUGAGUGGCACCGAUUUCCGUCUUCCUUCUUUAUUCCGGACUAUGUGGGUGAAGUUCGGUGGAUUGAUGACGGCUUCAGGGGCCUUCUUCCUUUUCCGUUUAAUUCAACCUUGGGUGGGACUUCAGCGGCACCAUCGUAUUUUAAUAAUAAGAACAAAGCAUCACCUGAUCAAUUUCUUCAGGAUGUCGAGAGCUGUGAUUUUCUUGUUGAGCUCCAGCUUCAGAGACCCUUUCUUUCUCGAGGCUCUGACCUGUCAAAAUGGGAGGUGGUUGCGGCUUUACCAUACCUAGAUAGGGAAUUUUCACCUCCUUUACAUCGAUCAUUCUUCAUACCGUAUAUGUGGGAGGAGAAAAACACAUUUGGGCUUUACAAAUUAUUGAAGCGACACAAAGAGCAACAUUAGGUUUCGCAAGCGGGUAGCUAUACGAAAGUGAUAUUAGGAUCUGUUAUAUUACUAAUUCUAGGAUAAUUCUCGACCUUCUUGCAGCAUGUUGAUUUUCUUUUGGUUAUUGUUGAGCAUACGUUGUUGUCAUUAUGGAUUUGAGUAAAAUAGUGUUUUGUUUCAAAA